AUGUUCAGAAUUAAAUUUGAAGCCCAAUAUUGCAAGUCAAAUCAAACUCUUUGCAGGGUCUGUAACGAGAUAAUUAAUAAAAACGACAUCAGGAUAUUCAUUUACCAUAUGAGUGGGAAUGAAUAUUACCAUCUGAACUGCUAUAGACCCAAAGUGAUGCAAUAUAUCUGUGAAAAGGACAUUCGAAUGAACUUAGAUGGUGAUGCGGAACAAAGAUUUAAAGAGUGGCUUGAGGAAUGAAAUUCUAAAUAUCCACCUAUUGAUAAGCCUUAUCAUUCUCCUCCUAAUAUGCUAAAACAAGUGGAAUCAAAACCGUCUAAAUAUAAAAGGGCAUGAAUUGAAGUCUUUAGAUUUAUGAGCCCAGCUGAGGCUGCUUCAAAACUUUCCUUUGUAUGUAAAGAAUUCUACCACAUUACCUGAGAUGAAGAACUUUGACACUUUUAUUACACAAAUGAGUUUCCAGUUCCAGAAAUAGAAAUCAACAAUUGGAAAAACUCAUAUAUAGCAAUGGCCCUCAAAGCCUGUAUUGGCUGUCACAAGCUGAUGGAAGAGGACAAUUUCUUUCGUUGCCCUUUAUUAAAAAAGCCUCUGUGCAUGAAUUGCUCAAAUACAAAAAAAUUUUGGGUAUUUACUAAAUCUCAAGCAAAAGCCCAUUAUCAAAUAAAUCCAAAUUUGCUUAAUGUUCAAUUUUACCUAGGAAAAUGAUCAAGUGCAUCUUGCUAUAAUUUUAUGAUAAAAAAAGCUGUUGUUGAAUAUAGACAACAAAAUAAGCAAAUACUUCUGAAGGAGCUUGAAAACAAGCCUCAAUAUCAAGACUUAAAAGAAAUCUUGGAUUCUAUUAAAUUAGGAAAACUGCAUAAAAAUGUUCCUCCAGAUGCAAACUUGAUGGCAAAUCCAUUUUAUCCGUGCUAUGAAAAGCUGGUUAAGUAUUUGAAAAAUAAAGAAGGCGGAGUAAAGUGGAUUCAUGGAUAUCUAAAGAACAAUAAUUAA